AUGCCUACUAUUAAACUUAAUUGCCUUAUUUAUGGUGAUACUCCUGAUGUUGUUAAUAUUUUUUUAGUUGAAAUAGAUAUCGAAGCAACUUUUAAAUUACAGAAUGUUAAUGAAUCAAAUGAGAAAUUGAAUAUUCUCUUUGACGACUCUAAUACAAAUAUUAAGAAAAAACUUGAAGGAAAGAUAUUAGCUGAAAUGGAUAAGAUUUUCAAAUAUUUUCCUCACAAAUUGAACAAAAACUAUAUACAUAUUAUCAUUGAAUUGCCAGGUUAUCACCUCACUUUUAAAUCUUAUACAAAAAGAAAAGAACUUGUUCCUAUAGAUAAGAUUAUUUUCAAAGGAGAUUCCUUCGAGCUAGAAAGUGAAAUUGUCUGCACUGAUAUAGGAAUUCAAAUCAAAUUUAUCAAUAAAUCAAAAGAACUUUUGCUAGAUUCAUUUUCUAAAUUCAUUGAAGCAGUGAAAGAAGUUUGUGAAUUAGAUUCUGAAAAAGAGAUCAAUGUUAUAGGCCAAUUCACAAUGCAAAAUUUAAUAGGUUGUGUCACAGUCACAAAAUACUGUUCAUUAAGUACAGAUAAUAGUGAACACCUACUCGAUUAUGUCUUUUCCCAAAUCAGCAAUAAAAAUAGUGUGCCAGAAAAUCCAAACAGAUUAUAUGAAACUAAUAUAACUGUUUCUGGUUUUAAUACUUCUUUGAGUGGCAAUUCAAAUAAUAUAAUUAAAGUUAUUUUCGAUCCUCCAAGAAAAAUUUUUGCUUUACCAGUAUAUGGCAUUAACGGACAACCAUUUAGUGCUCUGGGAGAUUCAGAUUCUCCAGUUGUUAACAAAGACAAUCAAGUUGUAGGAAUUCUUCAUGGAGGAGUUAAUGGUGAAUCAGAUGCUUAUAUAAUCUCCAUCCACAUAAUUAAAGAGCAUGUUAAAAAAUCUCAUAAAGUAGAAUUUAAAUUAAUAUGA